UCUCGUCAAUUCGAAAAUGAAAGGCCAAAAUUUCCAGGAGGACCAAGACAAUAGCUAUAGAUCAGACAAAUUUGGAAUGGGAACAUGGGACCAAUGACCCCUUUACAUUUGAUUGCCAAUUUAACAACCUAUUUAUUGGAUUUUUUGGCUAUGCAUGCCGAUCUAUCUUCUUCCUUGAGCAGCUGUUGCAACAUUGCCUCUAUGAAGAAAAUUACCAAUUCCUACGCUUCAUGGCCAUCACUUAUUUCUCUGCUUCACCUCAGCUUCUUUUUCAAUUCCUGGAAUUGUUUUUCCUCCUCGGACCAAGUAAUUCUUGACUGCGGAUAUGCAGGAAACUCAUCGUUUAAUGGUAAAACUUGGAUUGGGGAUGUAAAUCUUUUCCCGGAUUAUUAUGAAGAAACAAGGAUCGGCCGUGUGAUCUCAAAUAUAACCGGAAAAGUUCCGGAGAAUCCAUAUGCAACUGCACGCUUCUUUCCUUCUUCUUUCACCUAUAGUUUCCCUAUGUCCCCUGGCCUCAAGUUUAUUCGCCUUCAUUUCUACCCUACUUCUUACACUGCCAUGGACCAAAUGUCCAGAGCCGAAUUCUCUGUCACCUCUGGCAAUUACACUUUCUUAAACAAUUUUAGCUCUUCUGUAAUGGCAAGCAUUUUGAAAUCACCUUAUUUCACUAAAGAUUUCCUCCUUAACUUAAAGAAACAGUCUUUGAAUAUCACCUUUGCUCCAUCACCACAUGUUUCAGACGCUUUUGCCUUUGUAAAUGGGAUAGAGAUUUACUCAAUGUCCCUCAAACUCUCUGAUUAUGGAGUGAAGGAAACUUCCAAUGCUACCUCUAUUCAAGACGAAUCUGCGCUUGAGAUACUUCACAGAAUCAACGUAGGUAGUGACAGUCUGAAUGAGCCGUUCUGGAUUGGGUUGGAUGACCAACUACACAUACAGGGUUCUAGAAAUGGCACUCCUAUUGAAGCGUAUGAUGAUCAUAUAGAUUACAAUAAAAGCUCUUGGACAUUAAGUGAAUAUGGAGCACCUGGGGACCUGUACAGUACAGCCAGGACAAUUGGUGGUAGUGAUGAGGCUGCCAAUGUGGGGUACAAUCUGACAUGGACAUUUCCUGUUGACUCAGGUUUCAAAUACAUUGUUAGGCUUCAUUUCUGCGAGAUUCAACUAUAUGUAACAGAAGUGAAACAGAGAGUGUUCAACGUUUAUAUCAACAACAAGACAGUGGAAAGCAGCCUGGAUAUAGUUUCUAUGGCUGGUGGUCCUUUGGUUGCAAUGCAUAGGGACUAUAUAAUCACGGUUUCAGAAAUGAAAGAAGGAAGAAAUGAUCUUUGGCUUGCCUUGGCGACUAACACUGAUUCAAAGCCACAACUUGCUGAUGUAAUACUGAAUGGAGUUGAGAUCUUGAAGUUAAGCGAUACCAGUAACAAUCUUGCAGCUCAUGCUCAAGUAGAGAAUCGGGCCAAGACUACUCUAUCUAAUAUCUUCCUGGGAUUGGUUCUGGGUAUAGUUUUUGGAAUUUGUCUAGUCUCUUUAAUAGUCUACCUGGUUUCUCAUUGGAUUUCUAAACGUUACGAGAAAAACCUUGGGAAGACAAGUAGCCUAAAUGUUAAAUCUUCAGAUCAUUGCCGUCAAAUUCCCUUGCAAGAGAUAAGAGCUGCCACUAACAAUUUCAGUGAAGCUCUUGUGCUUGGUUGUGGCGGGUUCGGUAAGGUUUAUGAGGGUCUGCUUGAGGAUGGGUUCACCAAAGUGGCAGUUAAGCGCAAAAAUCCUGAGUCCCACCAAGGAAUCCAAGAGUUCAAAACUGAAAUCGAAUUGCUCUCCACUUUUCGUCACAUGAACAUUGUAUCUUUGCUUGGAUAUUGUCAAGAGGACAGUGAGUUGAUCCUGAUAUAUGAUUACAUGGCUCAUGGCACUCUACGUGAUCAUCUCUACGGGACUCAAAAUCCACCACUGUCAUGGACUCAGAGGCUCAAGAUUUGCAUUGGUGCUGCUCGUGGAUUACACUACCUCCAUACGGGCACAGAGCAUUCCAUCAUUCACCGGGACAUCAAAUCAACAAACAUACUCCUGGAUCAAGAUUGGGUGGCUAAAGUCUCAGAUUUUGGCCUGUCAAAAGUAGGCAAGACUGCGAGAUCCUUUAGGAACCAAGUCAGCUCUGGACUAAAGGGUACCUUUGGAUACUUGGACCCUGAAUAUGGCAGAAACAGAACUUUAACUCGCAAAUCAGAUGUUUAUUCUUUUGGUGUGGUUUUAUUUGAAGUCUUAUGUGCAAGACCAGCUGUUAAUCGUGAGCCAAACGAGGAUGAUCAGACGAACGUAAGCUUGGCUAGAUGGGCUGUUCAUUGCUAUCGAAGUGAAAAAGUUGAUGUCCUGAUUGAACCAUACCUAAGAGGAAAGAUCAUGUCCGAGUGCCUUACCACGUUUGUGGACAUUGCAGUAAGGUGCCUGGCCAGUAGGCAAAUAGACCGGCCAUCAAUAAGUGAUGUGCUCUGUAAACUCGAACAAGCAUUGCUGUUGCAGGAGAAAGCUGAUGGUAAUAUCCAAAUCAAAGAUGCAUGACAAAACAGUGAUAGCAGUAGCAGAGCACUGAUAUUUUGGAUACAUAUUGUACAAAUUAUAAUAGAAUGUGAAUGCUAGAAUAAAUUGGUAAGAUGCAUGUGUCACGGCCGAGAUUCAACCCUGCGGUCCUAAUAAAUCGAUUUUUAAG